UACUAUUUACAGAAAAGUCACCCAGAUUGGGCUCCUUCAGUAUCACUGAACAAAGCUAUCACAGAUAGCACUCGUUUACAAAGAAGAGUGUUGUAUACCUACAACAGAGAGGCUAUGUUUAUGAACACUUUAGCAAACUAUACCCAACCCAAGGAGGAAGAUAAUAGCAACAUUACGAUACACAGUCCUCAUCCCUUUGAAGUUAAUGAAAAUCUGAAUUCAAGUGAAGUUCUACUUGCUGAAGAACUUCAAGAUUCUCCAAUGGACCUGUCAACAUCGAAACCGUGCCACAGCCUGGUCGACGAAGAACCGUCAUCAAGUAAACACUCACCACAAUUGGUGAGUGAGUUGCAAAAAGAAAUCGAAAACUUAACAGCACAACUUGAAAAAAUGAAUGCAGAGUACGUCUCACUGAAGAAAGAAUUUGCUAUGUAUUGUAACAGACCAAUAACAUCUAAUUUUUUUAGCAAAUGUCAAAAUAGUGACAGGUGGAUGCGAGUUUAUACGAGCCUGUCAACUGCUAAGUCAUUUGAAAUACUUUUUAAAGCGAUUCAGUCUGGAAUUCCAGAAAACAAUAAUUUUAAGCUGUGUAAACGACAACAGCUUUUCUUGACACUUGUUAAAUUAAGUCAUAACCCAGCAGACAUUGAUUUGGCUUUUCGUUUUGAUAUAAGCGAAUGGACUGUCUCUCGGUACUUUCAUUCUUGGGUAGACUGUAUUUAUUACAAACUUAAGACACAUGUACUUAUUUGGCCCCUUCUUUCUCAACUGCAGGUAGCAAUGCCUAUGUGUUUCCGUCGUCAUUAUCCAAACACUGUAUCUAUCAUGGAUUGUUUUGAAACACAAAUUCAAAUUCCCAAUGACAGGAAUGAUCAGGCUGCUACCUACUCUACCUAUAAAAGUAGGAAUACUGUUAAAUAUCUGAUUUCUGCCACUCCUAAUGGAACUAUAAAUUUCAUUUCUAAAGGGUAUGCUGGCCGAAAAUCGGACCAGUUCAUUGUAAGGCACAGUGGCUACAUAGAUAAUUUAAAAGCAGGUGAUGAGGUUCUUGCUGAUAAGGGUUUUGAGGUAGCGGAAGAAAUUGGAUUAAGAGGAGCCAAACUAAUCACUCCUGCUUUUAAGAGAGCUGCACAACUAACUCAAUUAGAAACUGAAAUAUCUCGCCAAGUUUCAAAUGUGCGAAUACACAUAGAACGAGAAAUAGGAUGUAUGCGCAUGAAGUUCGACAUUAUGCGUGGCCCAGUUAUAAUGUCCAAUUUGAAUACUUUUCAGGAUAAUGUGUGUUUCUAUGACAAAAUUGUUGCUGUCUGUUGUAUUCUUUCAAAUUUGAAUCCUAGUAUUAUUCCAUUUGAGUGAUUGAUAUUUGUUCUGGAUUACAACUUUGGAUUUGAUUACAAACGAUACAUUUUGAAAUUAAUUAACUGACUUCAAUGGUUUUCUGACUUUAACAACUUUCUUUCUUUGCUGCUUACAAUCAUCACAUGUCCAAUUUUCUCCAAAUCGUUUUUUCCCUAAUGUCAAUAAACAAGAUA